UGUCAUGAAAAGCAAAAAUGUCUCAGACAGCAGGUGGCAGCAUUGAAUUGCUGAAAGAAAGAGAUGAAGGGCGUAAACCAACCACUGUUUAUAGGCGUGGUCACGCGAAGCAAUGGGCGUAACUUGACAUUGCUCUGGAUGUUUUGAAGCUUGCUGAGUGCCAAGCUUUCCCGAGGGUUACAGAGAAGGAUUUCUGGCUGUUGGCCUGAAUUAAGACAUGAAGAAAUACAGAGAACGAUGGAGAGCAAAUUCUGCAUUUUGACCGAAACAGAAGACCUCAAAACCCUGAUUUCGAGCACCGAGGAGAGUCUGCAAAUUGAAAGAUCUGACAGAAGGCUUGCUACAAGAUGGGAUGACCCCUGGCAUGAGGGAUGUAUUGCCAUGUACACAUGACCAAGACAUUGUUUGAGGAGAUCCGUGCAUCCAUCAACAACAAUGAUGAAGAGGACCGUUCCUUUUGGAGGCCUGUGCUCCCAUGGGGGGGCGUUUACACCAUCAGGGCAGGGAGGAAGGCCAUCUCAUGCACCCCUCUGUAUGUUAAGAUAAGCCUAAAGAACACCUGCACCAUCGAUGGGUUCCUCAUGAUUCUUUAUGUAAUUUUGAGAGACAACCAGAGCUUUCCCCGGGAGGUGGGCAUAUUCCUGGGCAGGCAGUUUGUGGAGCAUUUCCUCUACCUGAUGGACUCGUAUGACUACACCACCGUUAAGAUGCUGUGGAUCUGGGACAGGAUGUCCAAGAGGCAGUACCGCUCAGUGAUCCACCAUGCAGCGUUGGAGAUCGACCUGUUUGGUAAUGAACAUGAGAACUUCACCAAAAACUUGGAGACAAUGAUGUCUACCAUGCAGGAGAGUCUGUGCACCAACUGGAGCUGUCCUGCUCGUUUCCAGGAGUUCAUACAGAAAACCAUCAACAUCAAUCCUCCUCACGAGCUGCCCCCUAGAGAUCCCAUUCAGUCAGCUGUGGAUGAGUUCUUCUGUCCCAAGAUCAUUCUCUGCAAAGAACUGGGGUGUAAUGGGUUGAGGGAGUUCUCUCAGAGGGUCUUCUGCCAUGGACCACCUCCUUUUGUCAUUCUCAACAUGCAGCUUUGGAAGUCUGAGGAGCUGUCCUAUGUUCCCUACCAUCUAGCCCUAUCCCAACACAGGUACUCACUGGAGGGCGCCACACUCUUCAACAAGGAGGAGCAUCACUACUCUGCAGCCUUCCAGAUAGACGGCUACUGGAUGCACUAUGACGGGCUGAGGAGCGACAACCUGAUUCUGUUAAACAAGCCCCCUGAACUCCUCCUUCUCUCUUCCCUUGUCUACAUCCGCGCCUCAGACAAAUGAGAUGCACUAAUGUAACCAAGCAGGGAUGGGGUCGGUUCCAUUUUUCAUUCCAUCAUUUCAGGACGAAAAUAAAUUCUCCUGAAUUUACUUGAAUUGAAAAGGAAUUGACCCCAAUUGUGUCACCAUGGUCCAGAAGGAAGGAGGUAGAUACUAGACAACACUGAUAGGGAGGCAUCUUUUGAAAAAUGCACACUAACACCUUCCUGUUUAUUGCCCUUCAUUCACAGAAAUAGUAUCCAAGUUACUUUACAUAUGGCUCAUGAUGGUUUUGUCUUCCAUUCCUCAGUGAGCUCUUACCAGAUACUUUUAUCACCUAAUCAUAUUUAUUGAACAUUUUAUCUAGUUUGAAAAGGCUUAUACCACAUUUCCAAACUUUUUAGGAGAUCAUGUCAACAACUUCCUUGUUUUUAUACUUUGAGAUUACUUUUUGGAAUUAUGUGCUCCAUUUUGCCUGACUGUUGCCUCAAACACUCACUGUGCAAAAUGAUAAGUUCAUCUUCUCUUUGGGCAUGCUUGGAAUCCAAGAAUAUAUGCAUGGACUAUAAUAGUUCUCGGGAGGUAUGCAUAUUAAAGAAUCAACUCAACCUUAAAUAGCUCUACUGCAAAAAAACAAAAAAAACAAUUUGCUUGCAGCGUGUUUAGUUGUCUUGGGUGAAAUGGUUGCACUUUCAGAGAAGCAAAUUCAGCUAAUUAAACUUUGAUGUAGAAUUGUCAACAGGGUAUAUAUAGGCUAGACUAGUGAAGCAUCUGAGAUUGUACAGGACUCAUCUACUACAAUCCUUUUGUGCAUACUAGCCCUGACCUCAGAUCAAACUGGUGCUUUUUUGUACUAUUUCCCCUGUUAAAAACAUUUGAAACAGUAUUUGCAUUUUGUGGAAAUUCAAUCAUUAUCCUUAAUUUACUUGCUUGUUUUAAGCUGUCCAUUGGGCUUCAACUUGGAAGUGAGUCACACAGCGUUAACUUGUAUUAAAAUGAAUACCUGCUCAAAUAUUUGUAUAUUGUGUGAAAAUGUAUCAUUGGAUAAAAUAUCAGUUCUGUCUUAAAUGUAAGUAAUUACUUAUACUUACAAGUACCCCAGCAUAGUGAUGUUACAUAAGUGCUUCUUGAGUGCUUACCUUUCACAGUAGCAUAUAAUACCCUGAAUUCAAAUUAUUCUGCACAAUUCAAUAAGGUACAUUGUUACAUCCCAAUCUAAACAAGAUGUCAAAGCAUUAGUAAAUAAAUGUGAUUUUGUAAUGCAUUUGAUCAUUUGGAAAUAACAUUACUGCUCAUCACAGGCUUCAUAUGCACAUAUGUACUGUUAAGCAUUGACCUCUGCCAAUUUCAUCUUUGUCAGAACUAAAGAAUGAGACUUUGAGCAACAAUCCUUGUUCAUGUAUUGAAUGGUGUUUUUUUUUCUUUUUUCUAUGCAGUCAUUGAAGUUUUAAGCAAUACAAAUAUUUUUUAUAUUCUAGCAUUUGUAUGUUGGUUUGUUGCACAUAAAACUAGAGACAAGAAAAAUCAUACCUUUUAAGGCAGGCAUUUAUUCAUUUUAACAGGGUACAACUGCACCAAAUAAAUAAACGGGCUAAAAUGUAGGUUCAAAGCAUGAUAACAUGUGGGGGAAAUGCAGCUUCUACAGCAAGGUUCUUGUAGUUCCAGUAAUAAUCCACAGGAUAUACAAUAAAAAAAUAUCACCUUCAGACACACUCAUGGGAAAUGGAAAUGAAGCAGUGUUCAUUUGGCUAACAUUGACAUCGGUUUCAAUUCUUUUUUUUUUUUUUGACACGAGACAGCAGUGAGUCUUUUCCAGACUUGAUAUUAGUACUCCCUCUGCAUUCUUUAAAACAAGCACUUUGGUGAAAGUUGUCAAAACAAGACAUGGUUAGGCCAUGAUAAAUAAGUAAAUUAACUUCACACACACAUCUAUACAUCCCUUCAUUUUGCAGUUUGAUGUUUUCAGAUUCCACGUAUGACCAAGAGUUUUCCAGCCAACGCAGUGAAUAAGUCAGUAUAAAUACAUCCCUAACAUUGUGGUUUUCAAUAUCCCCACAAGGUUAACCUACAUGCUAGUGAAACAAAUGCUUGACAAUAGAUGGUAGCUGCAGACAAUCACGCCUGCGUGAUUUUCACUGUUCUGAUGUUCAGGCUCAUCCUACCAGCCUGUUGUGGAUAGACGAAUGCCUCAUUUACCUAACAUCAAGUGUUAAAAAGUACACUCAAUCUAAAUGGAAGAAAUAUUCAAUAAAUGGCAAAUGUUUAAAAGAAAGUAUUAGAUCCUUUUGAACUAUAUGAAAUGGCCGUUUAUUCACCCCCAAAAAAUGCACUGUUUGUCUAUCUUAGGAUCUCCCAAGAAUGUAAAGUUUCCCCAAUUAGUUGUUUGCAAUGUUAGAUUUGCAUUCACAUUAUUCCAAAUGAAUAAAAUCCAAAGAAAUGACUGUGAGCUGUACAGUCAUGCAGGUUAAAAUGGCUCACCAUUUACUUGCAUCCCGUGACAACUUAACAAUGGAGUCUUUUAAAAAAACGUGAAGAAAAUGACAGGAUUGCUGGAGAUGUUUACAGUGUGAAAUGAUAAAGCCCACUAUUCCAGGAUGAGAAAAAAACACAGCAGCAGCCAUCUAACCCUGACACCUUGAAAUCCAAUUUAAUUACCCCUAAGACUAAACCAAAAAUAAAUGAAGUAUUUUGAAAGAGUCCUCAUCAAGUGAAGAACUCACAUACUUGUUUGGACAAGCUCGUACUCGGCCUCUUAUUGCUAGAGCAAGACUAAAUAGUCCAAGGUAAAGUUAGAGGGUAAGAGCUAAAGUGUACUGUCAUUUGUAACCACAACUGACAAGUGUGUUAAAUGGAAGAACACACAAAACUGCAGUACUGUAACUGCAAGGCUGCUCUCUGGUGAGACCGAUAAGAUGGCUUAGAGCAAGACCCAUACACAGUCAGUCUUGUGCCAAUCUUACAUUACUUGUGAAAAAUGCAAAACAAUAACUGGUAUUUUUACUGGAGUACACAAUGCAUCUGUCUGCAAACUUUUCCUAGUACAUGUGAACUGACAGGCACAACAUUGGAAAUGUUCCCAAAGACAAGAGCACACAAUGCAAAGUGGGAUGAGGAAAACAGAGGUUUGAAUAACAGUGGUCUUUCAUCAGACAAUAUAAACAUGUGAACAGACAGAAAUGCCACGUGUGAUAACAUCACAGCAAUAUGAGACACCCUGACUUUGAGGAAGUCAAAUUCAAAGCAAAAAUGGUAUCCACUGAAAACAAUAUUGCAUUGUUUAAAUGCCAUAAACCUAAAUCGAGACCUAUGUACAAAUUGAAAUUACACUUCAUAUCAAAUAGUUUGGUAAGUGCAAUGCAGAGCUCCAUUUAAGUUUUCCACAUGUGCAAACAUCUAUAAUGUACAAUACAAGGAAACAACUCUUUCAUUCUGGACCAACAACAGGGACUCUUGAGGUUUACACAUCACUUUAGUUCUCUCUAUUGCCUCAUGUUACCUGUCCUUUAGAGUGGCCCAAAGCUACAACACCCAGACUCAGCCUGCAGCCUUCUGGGGGGGGGGGGGGGGGUGCACUUUGAGCUCUGACCCCAUGCCCUUGUCGGCCUGUCAAAGACUUUGUGACAGUGACAAUUUCCCUUGACAGAGACAACACCACAUCCACCCCUCCAUAUGACAGCAGGGCGGUAUGUCACACGUACCAUACAUUAGCAGUGAAAAUUACCCUUUGAUUCUGGCACACAGAGGAAAGCUAUUUGUAGCUCUGUCUGUAGGUGGGAAAGUUACACCAGACUUGUGAACGCAUAUUUUGGCAUGUCUCAUGAGGCUGUGUAUAUGCACUCUUCCCUGAGCUCGUCAGGAAGCCCUUGGCCACAUGCAGCUCCUCACACAUGCUUUAGCAGAGAGGUGGCAAGCAAGCAGAAGGGUGUAGGGAUCAUUCACAUGCUAAACAAGAGGCUUGUUCCUAACCCAUUAGAGCACAACAAUCUCACAGACUUUCUUUGUAAGGAAACUGGCAGUGAUAGUGGGCAACCAGAUGCACUACUAUUUAAUUGCAGGGACAAUGUUUCAGGCAAACCAUAGCUUAACAGAUGGCAUCCCUGGGGCUAAAGAAUGAAAUCAUCAGAUCAGUAAUGUAUAGAUAGACUGCCUCAAGAGUUUAAUUUAACAUGGGGCUCAAAGCAAAGACCCUGCUUUACUGCAUGGGAGCUUGUCAAGUUGGGGCAUAUACAUCUACAACAGUAACAGAGGAACAAAUAAAAUAAUACAAAUAAGAGAAUCCUGAAUAUAGCACCAGUUAGCAGCAUACAAACCCAACAGUGAAGAGGGACAGGGUCACUUUUGAAAGCUUAUGAAGAGGGAUGAAGUGUGACCCUACCACAGGAUGAUGUAAUAGAAGCUGUAACAUGGGGGGGGUCUCAGAAUUUGUCCAAGGAUGAAACAGACAGGUGGCAAGUACUCUCAGGAGAAUCCAUUGGGGUUUGCUUAUCCUUCCUAACC